GGUAGGCAUGUUAAUCUCUGUGGUCCUUUUAGUGAGUGAACUGUUUUCAUUUAUCCACCAUCUUUGGUGUUGUUUCCUUCACAAUUUUUAUAGACGACAGCUAGAAGAUGGCGAUGAAACAAACAACAAUUUAUGCUCUAUUUAUUCUGUUUAUGUCAUUCAUUAGGGUGGAGUCUGCACCUCGACAAUUGAACACGGAAAGCAUACUGAUCAAUGUGACAGCGGGGACAUUGGGUGAUACACAGGUGCAGGAGUCCAACAAUUUGCAGAUAAACCUGAAUAUAUCAGUAGAUGAGGAGCAGGUGCUCAUUAAUGACAUCCCUGUUGAGUUGUCUGGGGUGACCAGGUUAAACUGCCAAGCCUUGCUGUUGGAUACCACCAAUGGCACCAGUGAAUUUGAAUCUGGUGACUAUGUGUCCACGGUCACCCGGGUGAUGGUGAGCCAGAAUCGCCUGUGGAGUGAAUUAGAAGAGGUGGUGGCUCUCCAGGUGCUCAGCGAGGUCAUCGAGAUGGAGGGAAAGAAGGUCCAGCAGCCAGAAAUGUGUGAAGUAAAGAUACUUCUGAGCCCCAAUUUUCAGAAGCUAGCUCAGUAUACCAACACCUACCCAAUUGGGCAUAGUGAGAUUUCCAGGAUCCCAAGGGAAAAUGAUGUGGUCAUCACAGAUCCAACGAAUCCUAAGAAAGCAGAAGACCAGGUGAUGUCCCAGACCACUAGUCAGUACCCUCUGAAGCACGCCGAAACCACCCAAGAGGAGACUGCGGCGCCAGGAAAGCUCCCAGAGACCCCCCUCCGCAUGGACCCAGACCUGCUGUACGAAAACAGUGACGAUGAGGAUGACUUGAGAGUGCUGUCGGAUCAGAUGCAGACAGACACGCCCCCCAGGGAUUCUUUCUCCUCUUACAGUGCCAUGUGUCGAUGGGUGGAGGACGUGAAGAUCCGCCUGCGACGCUUCUGGUCGGAGUCCUUGCCACUGUUCUUCUUGGUCAUGUGGGUGGUGGUGAUCGGUGUUGUGGGGUCGGCCGUCAUUGUCAAGAUCUUGGACCUGCUUUUCCCAACGUGUGAACACAAGGGAAUUCUUCAUUUAAAUCCUGCCACUCUGAUGCCAGAGGACGAAAAACACACCCUGCUAGAGAACAUUGAAAUACAGGCAGAGGAGGACAAACAGCCUUAAAGGGGUGCUGAAGACUGACUCUGGAGUGAGUCUGAUUGCGGUUGUUGAAAACACAAGGCAUUAUGUGGUUAUAGAAACCAUCAUCUAUUUUGUAGCACUUAUUACACAUGCAUUACACCCCCAGGGUUGUGUUUGUCCUCCAACAUUAUAGCAUCAACACAUCUGAGAUGUUAGUACUGGAAGCAGAUACUCCUGGACCUGGUUACCUACUGAUCUGUUACUUCAUGAUGAUUGUGUUACCUCACAGUGCCUCAGUAACAUUUCUGCUUUGCGUUGAGAAAAACAGACCGUUGUUUAUUUUUCCGAUUGCUCGUUUCAUAAUAUUUCGCCAUUCCAACUGGAGGGUUGAACUGAGAUUUGCGUGAAACUUUAAAUCAUAACAUACAAACAACUUUUAUUUACUGGGUUUCAACCCGUUCAUAUUGAGUUGGAACUCAACAACUUUAAACAGCAAAUGUAAUGUUGCUAUUGCAUUUUGACUGAAUUUGAUGGCCUGUGCUUAUGUCCAUAAAAUGGACGAAUUGACCUAGUCUUGCAGCCAUCAUUGGAUGCAGUGCAAAAGAAAUAAUGACGACGAGAUCACAAACCAACCAUUACAGUUGAAUAAAGGCACUAUUCUUAAAGCUAAAUAAUCUUGAAAGCAUAUUCACUUUCAGAUAGACCUGUAAAACAUAGAACAGACAUGAGCUGAAGUAGAGAAUCAUGUCCAGUCUAUACAUUCGUUUUCUAAUCGCUCUGACAACAUGGCACUCACUGAGACCCUGCUGCUUCAUUAAAUGCGUUUGUUUGCAUUUUAACUGAAAUGUAUGAAUAUGGUUACUUGACGUUCUUUGCAAUGUGAAGGAAUGACAUUGUCAUGUGCAGUGAAGGUGGAUGUGUGAAUCAACACCUAAAGGACCUUUGUUAAUUAUUAAUUUUUUUCAAGCACCCCUUACUUUUAGUCUUAUAGUUCCUAGUCACACCCAGUCUUGUCCCAAUAGCUAACUGGCAGGUUUGCCCCAAAGCAGGCUAGGCAUGAGAAAAAUAUAACUCAAUCAGCGGGUAUGUUUACAGAUACACUGUAAUAAUUAAACCUACUGUAAACUGAUUACAGCAGUAGGGCAAUACUACUCAGCUGAUAUUAAGAUUGGCAAUUUCCUGUGUGUAUCAGUCCCAUCAGGAAGCCUGAAAUAAGACUCGUCCAUAAAAACAAUAAUGGCAUUGUGUGCAUGUAACCGUACCCAACCGGAUUCUGGAGACUAGGCUUCUGGUUGACUUGCGCUUUGGCAUUGAAUACCACCCUGGCACCUUUGGCUUUCUGCCUCAACAGAACUUGCAUCAAAAGCCAUAACAGGGUGUUGCGAUUGGCUGUCCAACAGCUUCUUAGGAAACUGCAUGCUGACAAGUGGGUAAAGUGGAACUUAACAUUGUUCUUUUACCUUUUUGUUGCUUCUACGGUGCCUCACGACUCCAUUUCAGUUUUGUGCGUUGUACUGAAGCAUGGGAGCAUGACUCGUGUGAUGUAUUUUCAUUUGAAUCAAAGUGUACAUUGAAUUCCCAAAUCCUAAAUAAAUGUGUUUCUGUAUUGUU